AUGCUCUCCCCUCUCAUCCUCACCAUCACCCUCCUCGCCAGUCUCACAAGCCUAGCCAUCUCCUCCCCCAUGCCCCAAGCGACCAGCGUCCCCACCCCCACGACCCUGCAAUCCGGCGCCUACUGGAUCCGCGCCGUCGUCCAGCCCAACUACCACAAAUAUCUCCAAACCAAACCAGCCAACAUUCCCGGCACCGCCAUCCUCGAGUCUUACACGACAGCAGGGCAGUUCAACAUCGUCGAAGGGCAGCUGGUCAACAAAGUGUCCAACCCGCCGCUGUACAUGUGGGUGGAGGAGCCGGCCGACAAGGCGAACCCGCCGCGGACGCUGGCGACGUGGUUUAAUACUACUCGAAACCCUUUCGGAACGUUUGCGUGGCAGGGGGACACGCUGACGUGGUCGGUACCGAGUGUCAAGAGGCAGAAUGUGGCGGCUUGGUUGGUGUGUAAGAACCAGGCGCUGUUUGUGAAUACGGGCGCUUAUGGGUAUCAGACGCCAAGCGGGUGCGCGGAUCAGACGAUACACUACUACAACGACAAGACUGCGAACAACUAG